AUGGCGGUGGUGGGAGAACGGGAGCUGAGUGCCAGGGAGAGGAGGAUGGUUCACAUGACCUCGGACAUCUUUGGCGGCGUGGACAAGUCGGUUUACUCCACCAAGGCCCAGAAGGAGAUGCUGGCGAAUCUGAAGGAGACCUUCAAAUAUGUGAAGCAGGUGCAUGUGCCCGAGAGCAUGAACCUACCAAGUGCUGGGGAGCAAAAGAAGAAACUGAUGGCGGGGAAUCAGGCUGUGCUUCCGGGCAGCACCACCAACGGACCAUCCGCUGCGAAGAGAGAUCCUGAGUUCAUGCCCAAGGAGUUUUGGUACACCUCGGUGGACCUGCAAUGGCAUGAUGUUAGGAAUGAGCGCUGCCGUCACAAGAACCAGAUGGCUGAGCGAGUCAACUUGGGAGCCAAGGAGAAAUAUCUUCGUGAGAUGUCUUCAGAGUUGUUUGAGAAGGUGGGACUGCCUUGUUAUCUCUGCUGCCCUGGGACUCAAGCCACCAUAGCUGGCUGCAGCUGGGGCACCAUGAAAGCCUUGAGCCGUGCCACCCUGGGCCGCCUGAGUCGCCUGGGGCUGCGGUCAUGGCAACCACCAGGCCGUCAGAUUUCUGGCGUGGUAGGCUUGGCAGGCGCCCUGGUGCUGACGAAGCCAACCAAGUGUGAGGAAACUGAGGGCACCAAAAUGUUCCGCAUGGCUGUGGAACGCUACAUGCCUGGCAUGAUUCAAGAAAUUGAAACGGGGCGAUUGGUGCUGGAGCAAGUGAAUGAGGUCCUAUCUUCCUAUUUUGGUCAUCUCAAGCUGAGCACCAUCGACCCCAUGGCCGUGUUCUUCAAGGUCUCAGAACAAAAUGAGCUGAGAACUGAAGACUGGAAGAAGGGGCAGGCGAUGCUCCGUGCCUGCGGCAUGACGGAUUUGGAAGGCGAUGUGGCCCUGUUUCAGGACCUCCUGAGAUAUGCCAAGCUGGCAGAUGUGGCUUAUGCGGGCGAUGAGGAGUCCCUGCGACAGCAGCUGGCAGCGCUCCAGUGGCGCUUCGUCACCGGCAGCUGCGAGGCCAAGCCCCAGAGGCCGGCGCAUUUCUUGGCGAUGCAAGGUAAAAAGGUCUUACUGGGAGUCGCUGGAACGCAUACGAUUGCUGAUUGCCUGACAGAUUGCCUGUGCGAUAGUUCUCCGCUUCAAGUGGGUUUUGCACAUCGGGGAGCUGCCCGGGCCUCUGCGUGGCUUUGCGAAGAGUACGGAGAAUCACUGAAGUAUUUGGAGGAGAAUGGCUACGAAGUGGUUUUGGUGGGUCAUUCCUUAGGUGCCGCCGUGGCAGCCGCCUGCUGUGUGCAGCUGCGUGCUGGCCCCGGUGCUUUGAGAACUGCGCGCUGCGUGUGCUACGCACCCCCCGCCACGGUGGACCCCAACCAAGCGGCGGAAGCGGCCAGUUAUAUCACCAGCGUGGUACAUGACGAUGAUUGCAUCCCAAGGAUGUCCAUCUUGUCACUGCUGGAGCUGUACAAAAGUUUGGUGUCAUACAACUGGUUGCCAAGGGCCACGGGUUUGGUGGGAAAGAUGCGAGCAGAUCCGCAGCAGGCGUGGUUCCUGGAGCUGGGUGAUAACGCCUUCAGGAAGACCUUGGAAGAGCAGCUGGAGUCCAUUUGGAAGGAGCAAGCUGGGCAACUUGUGGAAGAGGUGAAGAAGUUGGAAAAACCUCGGCAAGAAGCCCAUCCCUUGAGCAUCCCUGGCUUCAUUGUGCAUCUCUACAGGUGCCCUGGUGGCUAUGGAAUCAUCAAAGCCUUGGAUAGCAACUUCCGAAGCAUAGAGCUGUCCUCCAGCAUGGUGACGGAUCACUUCCUGUCUAACUACAUCAGUGCUCUGGAAACUUUGACCGCCGGCGUUUCUGCAUCGCAUCACAGCAAGCUGCAGCGUUUGCGAGACUUCCUGGGGGACGGCGACGAUGUCGCUGAGGUGGCUGUGCAAGUGCAUGAGGUGGCGAAGUCGGUGGAGGAACUGGUGUUGAAAGCCAGAGCCAAAUUGCAACAACGACCAGAUCGCCUUACCAAAGCCUCAGCAGAUCGGUCAGAUUUGAUUGCGGAGACCGACUACUUGACCAUCGAUUCAUCGCUUCACGAACGGCACGCGUCCACUAAAGCGCCGGAGAACCAAAAAGCCUUUGCCAGCGACAGGGUCCAAGCCAACCUAGCGGCUUCGGGGAAGAACACCAUGCCACAAGCUGACGUGGAGGUGAAGGCGCCACCGCCAUUGGGCGACUCGGUCAGGACAAGUGGCCCGGACAUGCGAAAUUUUUCGGAGCUCUUUGGGACGGAGAUGGGCCGACGUGCGCAGCCCAUCACGGAACGACAGGAGCUGCUGGGACGAGGCGUUGUUAGCACUGGGCUUUGCGUGAAUUUCGUUGGAGUUCUGUGGUUGCUCGGAAAAGGAUCCGGGAAAGCAGAGAGCAAGCCUCUUCAAUCCAACCUCGAGGUUGUCAAGGCCGAAAGCAGAGCUGCUUUGAAGCAGACUUCUUGGCAAAGCACAGGAACAGCAGAGCAGUUCGAGGACAGCUUCAGCUGGAUGGACUUUUGCUGUUCCACGGGGAGGACGGACACUGCUAGUUCCUCAGGUUCCUCCGUGAUCAGGCACAACUCAUAUGGAGGUGCUAUUGAUGAACCUGUGUGGUUACAAGACGACUCCACGUUGCAUCCCAAAUUCUGUGGCUACCGGUUGAAGGAGCCAGGAAUCAUGCCCUGUCUCGACCGGUUCCCUUCCGAGCUGUUGGGGAGCAAUGUGCCUCCACAUUGGGAGUUCAUGAUGCCAAAUUGUGGAGAUCAAGAAAGGAUGAAGUGCGGGGAAGUGCGCGAGCGAGUACGACAUGUGAGAGGGGCAAAGGAUCCCAUCACCAUGCUUCGUUUUCUUCGUGCACGACAAGGGAGUGUUGAUGCAGCCGCCAAGAUGUACGAAAGUGCUAUGAGGUGGCGCGAAGGAACUGGUUACGAACUGGGUUUCCGGCUGAAUAACAAGGACGAUUGGCUGCACCGGAAAGUCGACAGUUGCUGGCCUCCAACAGCAUUGUUGGGGAAGGAUUAUGAUGGUGAUCCUAUCUACUGGAACAGGAUGGGCCUGGGCAACUUGGAGUUCCUGGAGAAGGCACCAACGGAAUUCCUGAUCCAACAUGAGGUCUACACCAUCACUCGUCUCAUGCAGGCCAUGGAAGAAGCUUCCAGGCUCAACAACAGGCCUAUUAUGCACUUCACUGUGGUGGCGGACCUGGGUGAAAUGAGUUGGCGAAGCUUCAACAACCUCAAGGGUAUCAUGAAGUACAAAGUUUGCGUCAGGACAUUGGAAGACAAUUUUCCAGAGUUAGUGAAGCGCAUUAUUGCGAUUCGGGUCCCGAAGUUGGCCUACACACUCUGGAACAUCGCCUCCAAUUUUUUCGACGAAGGGACUCGAGCCAAGAUUCAGAUCGCGGAUGGAAAACAUACCAUGAAAGUUCUCAGCGAGUUCAUGGAUCCCAAGUGGGUGCCAGAGGCCCUGGGUGGGACGCAUCGCAUUGGCAAUAGUGCCUGGUGCGAACCUUGCAUUCCCUGUCCCAGGGGACCUCCCUCGGACGAGACAAUGCGGAGCCUUCAGACUGCAUAUGACGCCUGA